AGCCAUUUUGGCUCAGGCUACGUCGACCCCAGGCACCCAGGCUCAGCGCUGCGGCCGUGCUGCGAUCGCCCCUGGCUUGCUCGGAGAACUCGUCUCCCGAGGAUGGACUCCAACGCCCCGAAGCUCGCGAAGGUGGAGAAGAUACUGGGCCGGACCGGCUCCCGCGGCGGCGUGAUCCAGGUCCGCGUGAUGUUCAUGACCGAGACCACGCCGGAGCUUGCUGGCCGCUCGCUCAUUCGCAACGUGAAGGGCCCGGUCCGCGAGGGCGACAUCCUGGCGUUGCUGGAGACCGAGCGCGAGGCCAGGAGGUUGCGUUGAGGACGUUUACCAGCAUUGGAAGGAGCGUUGCGUUGCUCGCCCUGGGCGCCGUCAGUUCGUUCACAUCGUCGUUGUUGUCGCCCCGAUCCGCUCCAUCCGGCGAACAUGGAUCGGCGAAGUUGCUUUGAUUUACGAGGAGACCCACGUUGGUGGCCGCCGCCACCUGCAGGAAAGACGUUCGCCUUCAACCCACCCGCGAUAUUUCUUGAUCCCGCCCUUCCGCGGCCGGCGCCAGCUUUCGGGAACCCCGCUCCUAUUCCAAUUGCGCCAUUUGUUCAAGCCAUCCCCGCCCAACACGGCAUGGG